UUAAGUUUGCCUUCUCUUUCUUACUGAUCACACUCUCUCUCUAACAACCCCUGGAUUUUAAAAUUCUCUUUGUCUCUCCAAAUUCUUUUAUUGAUCCUCAAAGAAAAAAAAAAACUGAAAACACUCAGUUUGGAUAGCAUUUUAAUUGAGUAAGGUACAAUUCAAAUUCUUCAAAGGGCCACUCUGCUUCACUAUUAGUUGAAUUAUGUUCUCUUUGUUUUGUGUCUGUAUACUGCGCUUAAAUCUGGUUGCGUAAGAUUGUUUACAUUUAAUUCAACUUUGAUUCUUCUAAAUUAGUUAAAUAUUGAUUCAAGCUGGUUUAAUAGGUACUUUAUAAGGCUGUUUGGAAUCAAUUCUUUGAGAAUUGAAUUGAUUUCCAAGUAAUAGAUUUGAUUAAAGAAUUCUUGUGUUCGGAAUGAAAUCUUUUGGGUGAUAGAAUUCUUUUAAAUUAUGAAAUUUAAAAUUUAUACCACAUUAACCUUCUGAUAAAGAAAACGAUAGAUUGCUUUUAGGAGGGAGAGAUCAGAUUGGUUUACAGCUAGUUUAUGCAAAAUUUAGGAUUUUGGGCUAUUUAUUGUUAGUUUUGACUUGGUUAAAAUUCUGGGUUUUGAUCAAGAAUAUUUGCGAGUGAGAAGAUGUUUGGGACUGAGCUGUGUUCUUCUAGGAUUCUUUCACCUUUCAGAGAGGAAAGUGGUGAUGAAGAGCUGUCUGUGCUUCCUAGGCACACUAAAGUCGUUGUGACUGGAAAUAAUAGAACAAAGUCUGUGUUGGUUGGUUUACAAGGCGUGGUCAAGAAGGCUCUUGGUCUUGGUGGUUGGCAUUGGUUGGUUUUGAAAAAUGGAUCUGAAGUUAAGCUUCAAAGGAAUGCAUUGAGUGUACUGGAACAUCCGACGGGAAAUGAAGUAGAUGAUGAUAACGAUUAUGAUACCAGCAGCGGCUCUGAUAUUGGUGAACAUGAUUUCUAUAGAGGCAGCGGGUUCCAAAAAAUUAGCAAGCCAAGGGUUAGACCAACCAGGCCAUGGGUUCCAUCUGCACCUGCAAAGGCAACAAGUGAGAGCAGUAACAGAGAUGUUCAAUCCAUUAUUCACAUGCCUGUGCUGACGGUGAACUUGGCAAGACUGGGAACUGAAUCAUUGCGGAGAUAUUGCAAGGAAUUCAAACUUCCGGGUGUCAACUCUCAGUCAUCAAGGGAACAGAUGCUUAAUGCUGCACAAAUUCAUUUUCUUUCACAGCGACCAUUGGAUGAGAUGCAAGAGGUUGCAGAAUUCACCCGUGUGGCAAAGAGACUGAAAGAGAAGGACAAACCGUCUGAGUGAGAAAUCUGGAUGUACAAGGCCUUGUAUAAUAUAAUAACCCUAACCUUUAGUUCAGAUCCUAAUUAUAUAUUGGCAUGGAAAACCAUAUUCUUCCUCCCCUGAAUUCUAACCAUGUAAUGCCGGCAGAUCCCCUAGUUAGAUGUUUCGAAGUCUAUUAGUUAGAAUCACUUGCCUUGGUUAAUUAUAUAUAUAAUGUGGAUUUGUGGAGCAGAAAUUGGAAACCAUGAUCACUGGUACUUGGAAUGGAUUAUGAUUUUGCAA